AUGGUAACUAAAAUUGCAGAUUUUUCUGAUUCUUGUAAAUUUAAUUGGAGGAUUGAAAACUUCUCAAAGUUGAAUGCUCAAGGUGGAACUUUUUCUGAUGUUUUCUUCGUUGGUGAUUUCGAGUGGAAAGCACAUAUCUAUCCAAAGGGAAACCGCAGAGGGUAUGAUCAAUUAUCACUGUUCCUUUGCCCUAUCGACUUGACAGAAUCGGUGGACACAAAUUAUAGUUUUACAGUUACUAGUCAAACUGAUCCCAACAACAACGUGAAAAGGGAAUUAAGAAAAGAAUUCCCUGUUGAUUGUAUUAAAGGUUGGGGUUGCUCUCGGUUUAUGCUUCUUAGCGAACUUCAUGACCCUGACAAAGGAUAUCUCGUGGAUGAUACUUGUGUCAUAACAGUUGAGAUAACUUGUACGGCGAAAGACGAGUUAAAAGAUGAGAAGAGCAGCCCAAACAAGGUUGAAAAGAAUGAGAAUUUUGAAUGUGCUAUGGAUUUAUUGUACACACAAAUAUUCAGAAUAAAGGAUACAACAACAAUGAUGGAGUUGGGCGAAUUUCAAGAAGAUUACAUAGCGCUUGAAGAAUGGCGGCAACAGAUGCAAAAGGGGAAAAUGCCAGUUUACUACCAAGAAUGCGAAAUUCGACUAGGAAUGUUUCGCAAGGAAAUCAAGGACGAAACUAUGUAUAAAUGGAACAGAAGCAAAGUUGAACACUGA